CUUUAUCAUCUCAUCUGCUAUAUAUACACUCCUCCGAGUACAUAACCCAAUGUCUCAGCCUUCAAAGCUAUCAAAAUCAAAAAAAUUCUAUCAAACAAGGAAAUAUAUCAAUGGCGGUAUUGUCUAAACCGGUAGCAAUACCAAAAUCCGGGUUCUCUCUAAUCCCGGUUAUAGAUAUGUCUGACCCAGAAUCCAAACAUGCCCUCGUGAAAGCAUGCGAAGACUUCGGCUUCUUCAAGGUGAUCAACCAUGGCGUUUCCGCAGAGCUAGUCUCUGUUUUAGAACACGAGACCGUCGAUUUCUUCUCGUUGCCCAAGUCAGAGAAAACCCAAGUCGCAGGUUAUCCCUUCGGAUACGGGAACAGUAAGAUUGGUCGGAAUGGUGACGUGGGUUGGGUUGAGUACUUGUUGAUGAACGCUAAUCAUGAUUCCGGUUCGGGUCCACUAUUUCCAAGUCUUCUCAAAAGCCCGGGAACUUUCAGAAACGCAUUGGAAGAGUACACAACAUCAGUGAGAAAAAUGACAUUCGAUGUUUUGGAGAAGAUCACAGAUGGGCUAGGGAUCAAACCGAGGAACACACUUAGCAAGCUUGUGUCUGACCAAAACACGGACUCGAUAUUGAGACUUAAUCACUAUCCACCAUGUCCUCUUAGCAAUAAGAAAACCAAUGGUGGUAAGAAUGUGAUUGGUUUUGGUGAACACACAGAUCCUCAAAUCAUCUCUGUCUUAAGAUCUAACAACACUUCUGGUCUCCAAAUUAAUCUAAAUGAUGGCUCAUGGAUCUCUGUCCCUCCCGAUCACACUUCCUUCUUCUUCAACGUUGGUGACUCUCUCCAGGUGAUGACAAAUGGGAGGUUCAAGAGCGUGAGGCAUAGGGUUUUAGCUAACUGUAAAAAAUCUAGGGUUUCUAUGAUUUACUUCGCUGGACCUUCAUUGACUCAGAGAAUCGCUCCGUUGACAUGUUUGAUAGACAAUGAGGACGAGAGGUUGUACGAGGAGUUUACUUGGUCUGAAUACAAAAACUCUACCUACAACUCUAGAUUGUCUGAUAAUAGGCUUCAACAAUUCGAAAGGAAGACUAUAAAAAAUCUCCUAAAUUGAUUGAUAUAUCUAUUUAAUCUAUAAGUGUGUGCUACAUACAGACAAUGCAUCUGUAUAUUUUGAAGUUAAUGUUAUUUGUUAAUCCAAUAACUGUAAAAACAUGCAAGAGUGUGUUUGUUUGUUUCGUAAUAUCAACAUCGCUCCCAUCUUUUAUGGAUAAUAUCAAGUUGUUUAAACACACUGUUUUGAUGUAAGCUACAUUUUACUUUAU